GUCAUCAUUUCUUUCUAUUUAUAUUCUCAGUCUUAGUCUUAUUUUGGAUUGUUUCCCUUCUUUCAUUACACUGCAACUGGUUGUUUUCAUAAACUUCUCAAAUAACCAGAGGUCAUUAUAACAUAACUGAAAUCUAAACACCCUUUUCUGACAUAUUCUCCCAGCACCACCUCACUCUUUUCUGUCAUCUUCAGGUUUAUAUGCGCUGGUCUACUGGAAUCUCUUGAAUGUAAAGUGAGAUUUGUUUUAAUAUGAGGGGUGUUUAUUUGAGAAUGUGCAAUGUGCACGCUCGACACAGCACAACAUAACAUGGGAUAUGCCUUCGGGAGCCGAAGUAUUAACACUUAUUUCUGAGGUUAAGAUGAGGUAGCCUGCCAGAGAUGUGGGAGGGACUCUAAGGGCUUGCCUUAUCAUCAAUGCACUGCGAGGAAGAAUGGCCACCAGACAUGUUCAUUCUGAUGAUGACCUUUCCUGUCCAAUUUGUGGACAUAUUCUCAGUCAGCCAGUGGUCCUUUCUUGCAGACACAGAUUCUGUAAAGCCUGUCUAAAAGACAGUUGGGAUACACAAGGGACUAAAGAUUCACACUGCUGUCCUCUGUGCUGGCGCCACUCCUCCAUGGAUCAGAUAGUGGUGAGUACUGUGCUGCAAAAGACCUGUGAAUCCUUCAAAGAAGAUCGAAUCAAGAAUGACCCAGAGGCUUGUAACGAGCAUGGAGAAAAGCUCACACUCUUCUGUUUGGAGGACUUAGAACCAAUAUGUGGUAUGUGUGGCAAAACAGCUGCACACACGGGGCACAGACUCUACCCCAUUGGGGAAGGCGCUCAUGACUGUAAGGAGGAACUAAAGAGCGCCAUUCUGCCCUUGAAAGAGAAGUUACAGCUGUACAAAAAAGCAAACAUGGCAUGUGAAGAAAUGACAGAGCAUGUUAAGAACCAAGCUGAACACACUGAAACACAGAUCAAAGAGGAAUUUGAAGCUCUUCACUGUUUCCUGAGAGAGCAAGAAGCUGCUAGACUUGCUGCUCUAAAGGAUGAGGAGGAUCAGAAGAACCUGAUGAUUACCCAGCAAAUCGAGGAGAUGAGCAAUGAAAUGGCAUCUCUUUCUAAUACAAUCAGACUUGUGGAAAAGGAAAUGACAAGUCAAGAUAUCCCAUUUCUUCAGAAUUACAAGGAAACCAUAAGAAGAACCUGGCAAAGUCCUCUUGACCCGCAAAUGAUGCAUGAUGCUCUGAUUGAUGUGGCCAAACACUUGGGCUCUCUCAAAUAUAAAGUAUGGGAGCAGAUGAGGAAAAUAAUUAAAUACACUCCAGUGAUUUUGGAUCCCAACACAGCAGCCAGCUGCUUCAUCCUUUCUGAGGAUCUCACAGUUGUGCAGAAUGCUACUCAGAUUUUCAAGCUGCCAGACAACCCCGAACGCUUUGACGUUAGUGCUGAGAUGCUUGCUGCUGAGGGUUAUUCGUCUGGACGCCACAGCUGGGAUGUAGAGGUGAAAGACAACACUUACUGGGUGGUAGGAGUGGCCAGUGAGUCCAUUAACAGGAAAGGUAAACACGUGCUGACACCAGCAGAGGGAUUUUGGACGAUAAGAUUUCGCAAUGGAGAGCAUAAAGCCUGCACGGCGCCGUGGGAGCCGCUCAGCAUGACAAAGAAACCAGAAGUGAUAAGAGUGGUUUUGGACAUGGAUCGAGGCAAGGUUGCAUUCUACGACCCUGAAGAGAGAACAGCUCUUUACACUUUCACAAACAUCAUCGUACAGCAGGUCUUACCCUACUUCUGCACAGCAUGUAAAGAAUACCCACUAAAAAUCUUACCAAGAAGGAUAAACUUGUCAACAGAUCAUUAGUCCACCUGGUAAAUUGAUUUCUUUUAAAUUCUUUGUAUAAAAAUCCUGUGGAAAAUAAUCAAGUCUAAAUCUUGUGGAGAAUUGUGAAGUUUUUUUUCCCUUAUAAUGAAGGGAAUGCAUAGUGAGAUUACAGAAGCACAUCAGUGUCAAAGUUAAAGCCACCUGUGAAUUGUUUUGAAUGAAUAACGAGAAACAAAUACAUUAGAAA